AUGCCUUCGGAUCCCGUGCCAGACACUGCGGAUGGCGCGGAAGGUACAGAAGCCUCGGAUGAGGAAUUUGCUGAUGCGAGCCCUGGCCUCGCGGGCCUCGAACGGACGAUGCACUCCGUGGCGGUUUUCAGCGAGUGCAGCUACGAGUUUGUGGAGGCCAUUAUGCUGCACGUCCGGAAGAUUCUGCUUCACGCCGGCAAGGUCUUGGUGUCUGAAGACACAGAUGCACCCAAGUCCAUGUACGCGGUGCUGUGGGGUACGCUGGAUGUUUAUCGGAUGGGCCAAAAGAUAGGCAGCUUAUCCAACGGGCAGGUGCUCGGAGAGGGGCUGCUGGUCGGGAUCUUCGACAGGUGGACGACGACGGUGGUAGCCCGCAACUCGUGCAUGGUUUGCGAAGUCCCACAAACUGCCUUAAGCGAAGCUCUGCUGGACCAUCCGGAAGAGUCGGAAUACUUCAAGUCAUUGGCCGACUACUUCGGCCUCCGUGCAGAGGAAUGGGCGCAGCACGGAUGCUCAGAGAUGCGCCUGGCACUACGCCGGCCUGCGUCUCUGCGCCAGGUUAGUGAGGAUUUCUUGGCUGCCCUGGAAGCAGGCUUGGUGAGCCACCUCUAUUUUGCGGGCGACGUCAUACACACAGAAGGUCAAGAGGAUCCCCCCUUGGCCUUCCUUUUUGAUGGCGACGUGUCCGUCGAGGCUGCCGGCCGCGCUGUGCGGCGCGAGGAGGUGCCAAGUAUGGAAAUGCGAUUCGUGAUGGAGGGCGAAACGACGACUGGCCGGGGUUCCACGGCCAUUACGGACAGCGAGACCGGUCCUGGGUCGCCCACGGCGAAGAGCCGGCGGUCUUCGGCCAGCGGCCGGCGUCUUUCCCAGGCGCGGAGGCCAUCGGUGGACACAGGAGAGUUCAACUCUUCACUCAUGGCCGUGUCCAACCGUGCGAGGGCAGAGGCCAUGAUGGCGGAAGCAACAGCAGGUGGACCGGAGCCGGGAUUCAUAGCACAAUCCCUUCCCGAAGCCGCUGUCUUCGGGGAGGAAGCUUUCCUGGGCCUUAUACCCUGCGCAAGCGUCACGGUGCGAGUGUGCAAGAUGUCGGAGGUGCGACUUCUGUACCGGUCCGUGUUCGACCAGAUCCUUGAGAAGUUCCCCGCAGAUCGAGAGUGGCUUCAACGCUUUCAAUUGGACGCCAAGCAAGCCUUUCCUUUCCACGACUUCCGGGACCAUCCCAUCUGCCAGCACGUCGACCUUAGCAACGAGUUCUUCGACUUCCUCUCUCGACACGUCGAGCAGCGAAUGUUUUUUCCAGGGGAUCACAUCCUCCCGGACAACUUGAGCCAGUUUGUGCCAUCGUCCAUCCUCUCGCCGACGCUGAACAUCAGCUGCGCGGCGGUGAACGUGGGGCACGUCCGGCUACAAACCCUGCAUGACCAGCCACUCCUCCCCUUCGGCCACCUGUCCAGCGGCGACAUCCUCGGGCCGGGGAGCAUCCUGCCCGGCAGCUGGUUCUGGUCCGGUGCGGAAGUGCAAGCACUGCAGCUUUGCUGCCUGACCGUGCUUCACCGCGGCAUCAUCGCCCGUGCGUUGGAGGAGUAUCCACGCGAGCGCGAGAAGGUGGUUCCUCUGCUGGUCCUGGAACAUCAGCAGCAGAGCAACCCGCGCUCCACAGUCACACAGGUUAAGAGCUACAGGCAAGAGCGCGUCGCAAAAAUCUUGCGGGAGCGGUCCAUUUUUUCGAACACCUCACAGGAGUUCUUGGCGGAGAUCCUCAAUUUUGGGACGGUCCGGGUAUUUAUGCCCGGAGACCGCAUCAUCCAACAGGGUGCCGAGGGCAACUCCAUGUUCAUACUUUCAGUUGGCAUGGCAGAAGUGGUGAAAGAGAGCUUGGAGGAGUAUGCUGGCAUCUUGCUGAGGAAUCUCCACUUCAUCGGGGGUCUCACCUAUGGAAGUGUUUUCGGUGAGCUGGUCAUGCUGGGCGUGCAGGCGCACCUGCAGACCGCGCAGUCGAGGCGUUCUUCUAUUUAG